AUGGGCGGCGGACUCAUAUCCUGCUUAGCGGUUGCCCUUCUAUACGUUGACUUUGUUUCAACGGACAACGUCACCACAGUGACUCCAGCUAAAAUUCCUAAAGAACUCGUCAAAGAAACGGGAAUCUGUAGAAAAUGCAAAUGCAACGACAACAAAGUAGACUGCUUUGAUCAAAGUAUCACAGAGUUCUUCUCUAUUGACGAGUGGAAUGAUCUGAAAGAGUUGAAACCAACGCAUGUAGACCUAAGUGAAAAUUUGAUUGUUAACGUGACACUUAUCGGUGACCUGCCUAUAAAAGUUCUCAAUCUAUCUCGGUGCUCCAUAGAGUAUAUAGAGAACGCCAGCUUCAAAGACCUGCAAGAGAUGACGGAGUUGGACCUCAGCCACAAUAAACUGACCUCCGAAAGACUGAGUCCACAUGCGUUCGAGGGCCGCUACUUACCCGAGGAGUACGAGCCCCUUGCUGCCAUGAGGAAGCUGAACCUGGCAUACAACGACCUACACUCCCUCAACCAGGACCUGUUCGAGCACUUACCCGAACUAACGGAGCUAGACCUCAGUGGAAACCCAUUGACCACAAUAGACCAUGUCACUUUAGUAGCGAUUUCGAGCUUGCCAAUGUUGAAGGUUCUCCGCAUGCGAUCGUGCCAGCUGACGGAGAUACCCGAUAAAUUCCUGCACACGCCACGUUACCUGGAGCGCCUGGACAUCAGUGACAACCAGCUCACAGCCGUCCCACAAGAGCUGGAGGAGACCAAGAACCUCAUGUUCCUGAACCUCAACCAGAAUCCAAUCACUGAGCUGGACAUGGCAUCUGAAGAUCAUCCAGGCUUCCCCCGGCUGCGCAAGCUGCAGGAGUUGCACAUGUGCAACAUGAAGUCUCUGCGCAGCAUCGGCCCCGGUGCCCUCGCUGGGCUGGAGAGCCUGGAACGGCUGCACAUGAGUUUCAACCCUAAGCUCGCCCACAUAGACCCCAAAGCUAUGGCGAGGCCCGACGACAUCGGCGAGACUUACGACUGGCCCGUCGUUAAAGAGAUUUAUCUACAGUCGAAUAACCUGUCAGAAAUUGACAGCCGGCUCUUGCCCCGAUGGGACCUUCUAGAAGCUAUCGAUGUCUCCAACAAUCCGUUCCUCUGCGACUGCUCCACGCAAUGGAUGGUGGAUAUACUGGUACCUUUAAUCGAAGCCAAAACCCUCAACGCGACUGCUAGCAUGGUGUGUGACGAGCCUAUAGAAAUGAAGGGCUACACGAUGAAGCAUUUGCACGACAUCCACCGCACCAUGCGCUGCGUGGACAAAUACGGCCACAGGCCCGAGAAAGACGGGGCUAUGCUCCUGGGAACACUCAUCGGCGUGCUGCUUGCAGUGCCAAUUAUGUUGACCCUGAUGCUACUGUGGCGCCACGGAUACUUCGCGUGGAUCGGCCUCCGCGGCCCGGUCGACGUUUCCCGCGCUUUCUACAAACGGGCACCCGCCGACGACAGCUACAAUAUC